AUGGUGGCCAGAGUGCCUCUUUCGCAGAUGCGUGCUGUCGCUGGGAGGGGGGUGCUCCUCUCAUUCGUCCUGGCCUUCUCCAUUCUCUCGGGGGGCCUUGUCAGCGUGGCAGAUGAAUAUCGACCGCGUCAAGUUGCAGAUCUCAAUUGCACUGGAGACGUCUUGGAGCACUCUGUCACCCUCGCCGCCAAUGAAACGUUCGUCCUCACAUGCCCGACCAACGAAUGGCAAGCCGUGCCGGCUAACUUCCACCAGGUGAUGUGCCCGCGCCCCGGAUUGAACUGCACAGAUGCCGAGGCCGCUCCGUACGUUGCGUUUUUCCCCUUGUCAAAGAGUUGGAAGUGGGUGACUCCCGAUACCGAACAGGACACGGUGCAUGCGUGGACAACACCAGUAGGCAAGUAUCUCAAUAUGCGCGACGCGCCGCUCUUCAGUGUGGGCUGUCGGCACAGGACGAACAAGACUCUCUGCUACGUCAACGUCACAGUCAAGGCUGCGGGCUCGUUCCUUCUCGCAGGUGUCACAGCAGCUCAAAUCCUCGCAGUGGUGGCGACGUCUGCUGCGUACAUGAUUUGA